AGAUGCCAAAUGUAGGGAAUUUGUGUCAUUUCUGUACGUGCAUAUUGGCACUUCCUCUCAAGGAUACUCACUUUUCAUCGUCUAACGUUCAGUGUUUCCCGUCUCUUAUUUAUUUGCUUUUCCGGGAAAGGAUACCUGAGCAAGAGCAAUAGCAAUGAUUUCAACUGCAUGCUCUCGUAAUUUGGUUCAAUCUUUACGCGCUGCUUCCGCUUUUUCCAAGUUUGGGACUUACUACCGUUAUACAUCUCAAGCUGUGUCUUCUCUGCAGCAGGUGUGCGAAUCAUCUGCUUACAGUGACGAUGAUUGCGCUGAUAUGGAUUGGGAUAAUCUUGGAUUCGGUCUUGUGCCAACUGAUUACAUGUAUUCCAUGAAAUGUUCUGAUUACCGCCAGUUUGAACAAGGACAGCUUAGUCGCUAUGGAAAGAUUGAGCUGAGCCCUUCAGCAGGAGUCUUAAAUUAUGGGCAGGGACUGUUUGAAGGUCUGAAAGCAUACAGAAAGGAAGAUGGACAACUUAUUCUCUUUCGUCCAGAUCAAAAUGCCAUUCGCAUGGACAUUGGCGCUAAAAGAAUGUGCAUGCCUUGUCCCUCCAUUGAUCAAUUCAUUGAUGCAGUGAAACAAAUUGCUCUUGCCAAUAAGCGUUGGGUUCCUCCUCCUGGAAAAGGGUCUUUAUACAUUAGGCCUUUGCUCAUGGGAAGUGGUGCUAUAUUGGGUUUGGCUCCAGCACCUGAAUAUACAUUUCUUGUAUUUGCUUCUCCCGUGGGCAACUAUUUCAAGGAGGGUUUGGCUCCUUUGAACUUGUAUGUGGAGGAUGAAUUUCAUCGUGCUACACCUGGUGGAGCUGGAGGUGUCAAAACCAUAUCUAAUUAUGCCCCAGUUCUGAAAGCACUAGGCAGAGCAAAAAACAGAGGAUUUUCUGAUGUCUUGUACCUUGACUCGGUGAAUAAGAGAAAUUUGGAGGAAGUCUCGUCUUGUAACAUUUUCAUUGUGAAGGGCAACGUUAUUUCAACUCCUGCUACAAAUGGGACUAUUCUUGAAGGGAUUACCCGAAAAAGCAUCAUUGAAAUUGCCCGAGAUUGCGGCUUCCAGGUUGAGGAACGAGCAAUUCCAGUCGAUGAGUUAGUAGAUGCGGAUGAAGUAUUUUCCACAGGAACUGCUGUAGUUAUUGCUCCUGUAGGCAGUAUUACAUAUGGGGACAAAAGAACUGAAUAUAAAACUGGUGCCGGGUCCGUGUGUGGGGAACUUCACUCAACUCUUGUUGGAAUUCAGAGGGGCAUAAUUGAGGAUAAGAAGGGCUGGACUGUUCAGAUUCAUUAAGACCUACAGCAGUUCAUCUGCUUUUAUAUAUGUAAAAACAUUGUGUAUGUUAAUGUUAUGCAUCAGGUGCGUUCUCCCAUUUGUCCUGUAAAUAAUAUAAUUGUAUUGUUCAAAUUUUAUAUCAUGGCAAUUGGCAUGUUUUAAGUUUCUUAUAUAAAACUUUAAUCGGCCAUUUAAAAAGGAAUUAAAACACAACAAUAUAUCACAGAAUGCAUGUGAAUGGC